AUGAGCACAGGAAGGCGCGCGACGAGCACCGUGGUCGAGCGGAAGAUACAUCAUGAGAAGAGACCCGCUCACCACCUCAACGACACGGAAACACGGUUCACGAACCCUUGGCCGUCUUUCAGAAAUCACACAACUGCGCAGUUCCUUGGCUUUUUCUGGGAGCAACUCUUCGGCUUCCCGAAGCCCCCGCCCGACCUCUCCACACUCAUCCCCUCACGGACACCCGACUGGGCCCCCGUGAACGCAUCCAGUGGCAUCAAAGCGACGUGGCUAGGACACGCAUGCUUCCUCGUCGAGCUCCCGACGCCGCCUGGGGCCGCGCGCGGCCCGCGCAUCCUGUUCGACCCCGUGCUGUCGCACCGGUGCUCCCCAGUGCAGUGGGCUGGCCCGGGGCGUCUUCUUCCGACCCCCUGCGCGGCGGAAGACAUCCCGGAGGUCGACGCGAUCUGUAUAUCACAUAACCACUAUGAUCAUAUGGACGUCCCGACCCUCCGCACAAUCUACACCGCCCACACACCCCACAUCUUCGCCCCCCUCGGGAACCGCGCCCACCUCCGCUCCCUCGGCAUCGCCGACGCGCACAUCCACAUCCUCGACUGGUGGGACGCCGCGACCGUCACCGCCGCGCUCCCCUCCGCCGCCUACGCAGCCCAAGCCGUGCACGCGUCGUUCGCGGUCACGUGCACGCCCUCGCAGCAUACGGCGAAUCGCGGGACGUUCGACCGCUGGCAUACGUUGUGGUCGUCGUGGGCUGUCGAGGAGGUCUUCCCCAAUUUGGAGUCGGCGGCGGACUUGGGUGUAAGGGCGCGCGAGCCGCGGAAGGUGUAUUUUGCGGGCGACACGGGGUACCGGACGAUCCGGGAGGGGGAGGACGAGAGCAAGCUUCCGUGUUGUCCUGCGUUCGCGGAAGUCGGCGAGCGGCUUGGGCCGUUCGACUUGGCGUUGUUGCCCAUCGGUGCCUACGCGCCGCGCUCGAUGUGGUCAAACAUGCACGCAUCGCCCGCGGACGCGGUGGAGAUCUUCAAGGACGUGCGCGCGAAGCGGGCGCUCGCGAUGCACUGGGGGACGUGGACGCUGACGAGCGAGCCGACGAUGGAGCCGCCUGAGCUACUGAGGCAGGCGUGCGCGAAGGCGGGACUGAGCACGGGCACGUUUGACGUCUGCGGGCUUGGGGAGACCGUGGUGGUAUGA